AUGAGGCCUGAGAACCAGAGCAGCGUGUCCGAGUUCCUCCUCCUGGGGCUCACACUCCGGCCAGGGCAGCAGGGCGUGUUCUUCACCCUGUUCCUGGGCAUGUACCUGACCACGGUGCUGGGCAACCUGCUCAUCAUCCUGCUCAUCAGGCUGGACUCUCGCCUGCACACGCCCAUGUACUUCUUCCUCAGCCACUUGGCCUUCUCUGACAUCUCUCUUUCCUCUGUCACUGUCCCAAAGAUGCUCGUGAACAUGCUGACUCGGCGACAAUCCAUCUCCUAUGUGGGAUGCAUUUCUCAGUUAUAUUUUUUCAUACUCUUUGGUUCUCUUGACAAUUUCCUUCUUGCAGUGAUGGCAUAUGACAGGUAUGUGGCCAUCUGUCACCCUCUGCACUACACCACCAUCAUGCGGGGGUGGCUGUGUGUGCUGCUGGUGUGUGGCUCCUGGAUGGUUGCCUCUGUCCACGCCCUCUUUCAUACCCUCCUCUUGAGGAGGACCAUGAGAAGAGAUAACCAGAGCAGCGUGUCCGAGUUCCUCCUCCUGGGCCUCCCCAUCCGGCCAGAGCAGCAGGGCAUGUACUUCACCCUGUUCCUGGGCAUGUACCUGACCACGGUGCUGGGCAACCUGCUCAUCAUCCUGCUCAUCAGGCUGGACUCUCGCCUGCACACGCCCAUGUACUUCUUCCUCAGCCACUUGGCCCUCACUGACAUCUCCUUCUCCUCUGUCACUGUCCCAAAGAUGCUCAUGAACAUGCAGACUCAGGAUCAAUCCAUUCCCUAUGCAGGGUGUGUAACACAGAUGUAUUUCUUCAUAUUUUUUGGUUGUAUUGAUAACCUUCUUCUUGGAGUGAUGGCAUAUGACAGGUACGUGGCCAUUUGUCACCCUCUACACUACACCACCAUGAUGCGAGAAAAACUGUGUAUCUCACUAGUGGCUGGGUCCUGGUUAUUUUCAUGCAGCAGCGCAAUGUCUCACACUCUCAGCCUGGCCAGGCUGUCCUUCUGUGCUGAUCACACUAUCCCUCAUUUCUUUUGUGAUCUUGCAGCUCUGCUCAAACUGUCCUGCUCUGACACCUCCGUCAAUGUGCUGGUCAUCUUCACUGUAGGGGCCCUCGGUAUCAUUAUACCACUGACUGGCAUCCUCGUCUCCUAUGUCCGCAUUGGGGUCUCCAUCCUGAGGGUCCCCUCUACCAAAGGGAUCUGCAAAGCCCUGUCUACCUGUGGUUCCCACCUCUCUGUAGUAUUUCUAUUCUAUGGGACAAUUAUGGUUCUGUACAUUUUCCCAUCAUCAAACAACUCCAAUGACAAAAACAUAAUUGCCUCCGUGAUGUACACAGUGGUGACCCCCAUGCUAAACCCCUUCAUCUACAGCCUGAGAAACAGAGACAUGAAAGAAGCUUUGGGGAAACUUUUCAGGAGGGAGAUACUUUUCUCCAAGUGA